GAUCAAUUUCCUGGAAGAGAUGGGGAUGAGAGUUUUUGUGAUCGUGAGCAUGGUCUUGUGUCUUAGCUCAGUCGCGCGUGCCAUCCAGGGGAAGGCUGUUUUCUUUGCACCUCCUUAUGUUCCCUCAGCAUGCUUUCGUAACCAAGACAAUGGGAAAAUGGUUGCGGGAGUAAGUGAUGCGUUGUGGAAUAACAGAGGAGCAUGCGGGAAGAGGUACAGAGUUAAAUGCAUAGGAGGAGCCAACCAAGCCCCGCAUCCUUGCAAGAACGGUAAGAGUGUCGUGGUUAAAGUUGUUGACUACUGUAAAGCAGGAUGCCAGGGAAUCAUUAAUCUUUCUCAAGAUGCUUUCUCUGCCAUUGCUGAUCCUGACGCCGGUAUAAUCCAAGUGGAAUUUCACGAGGUUUGAGUUUGAAGGUUCUAAUCAAAAAUGGCUUCUCAAUGUCCAGGGAAGAUGAUGAUAAUGUAGCUGUAAAAGAGAAUAAUCUGGAAAAAAAAUGGAAAACUGCUGUCUUCCAUCUGCUAUGCCAAUAAUGUUAUGUAAAAUGUGGAACUUUUACCUGUUUGGGACGAAACUUCUUUAGCAAUUUUAUAUUCACAUCAAAAUUAGUAAGCAAUUCAAUUGAUCCCUCCAUCCUUUGAAGAGCAAAUAUCUAAAGUUAAAUUAUCUUGUUC